UUUUAAAUAUUAAGUCUUUUGGAUAUUGUUUCCAAGGACAAGUGUCAAUCGCGCAGGUAGUAAGCAGAACACCCCCUACUCCUUGAAUAUUGAGCAGCACUAGCCAGCAUCUUUCAAUCUACAAACAGUUCUGGGUUGAAAAUUGGAUAAGGCUGUAGCUGAAAUUGGGUAGAAAGAAGCCUUGAAAUAGGGUUACAGAAGCCUUUCUCAACUGUUUUCCCUGGUGUUUUUGCAUGGUCCAGAGCUACACUCAACCUCUCUAAAAUGAGUGCACUUUUGUCCCUUUCUUGGUACUGAUGAAAUACGAGGUUCCUUGUCUGUUCUCAUCUAGGACAGGACUGUGGCAAACUUCUCAGCAAGAGAGAAGAAUAUAUGAGUACACGAAGUCAGUUGCUUUAUGGUAUAGCAUUCAGACAUCUACUGAAGUUCCUUUUUACGUAUAACAGGUGACCACUCCCAACUAAUCACUUUCUAAUACUUGCUCACAGUUACAACUUAGGCCAAGAAGUUCAAAUUUCCACUGGCCAAACCAAGGUGGCUGGUUGCUUUGAUAGGAAAAUAACAACAUAAAAAAGCAAGACACUAAUAUUCCCCUAUAACUGGGUGCAUACAUGAGAGAUAGAGUUAAUUCAUCAGUGAUUAUUACCUAUUGAACUUAGCUUUGGAAUUUCAUGAUUCAGCUGCUUCUUAUCUGCUAUGUCAUCUCAGGCAACUUACCUAAUCUUUCUGAUUCACAUGUUCUUCAUCAGUAAUAUGCAGAAUACAGGGUGGUUAUUAUGAUUAGAAAGAAUAUAUAUAGGUGGUCUAACAGAAUGUCAUGCAAUAUGGUUGGUGUUGGCUCCAAAAUUUGUAUGUAGAAAAUAUUUAUGAACAGCAAUACUGUUGAAGAGGCAGUAAGGUACCUGCAUUGAAGUAUUUAACUACAUAGCAAAGACAUAUUCUGACUUGGACUGUUUAUCUUGGGUGGUAGUGAGGCCGAUGGACAUCAUGGAAGACUACAAAAGACAAUGCCUUGUCCCAGGCCACCAUAUGAUAGAUGUUAAUUAAUUACAACUAUUAUUGUUACCUUGAAAACUACACUAUUUACAGGUACCUCACUGGGAUAAGCCAAAUUCAUAUUUUGCUAUCUUGUCUACGUCCCUAAUUCUUGAUUGAAAAAUUACAUUCUCCCUUAAAGUCUAUGGUCUCUAGGUCAGUUUAAUCUAGGGGUAUUUUUUAAAUUAGUGAUUAUAUAUAAUUUUAUGGAAUAAUUAAGCCCCUAGUUUUUCACAGCCCCAUCAUGGGCACUAAUAAAUUGAAAAGACAUUAUACAAAAAUAGCCCCAGGACAAUAACAUGGAAUCUACAGAAUCUAUUCCAAAUACAUAAUGAAGAAUGAAAGAAAACCCAGAAUGAUAUCUUGUACAGUCUAGCAAACCUACAUAGAAAUCUUCAAACUAAGAAUCUGGAAAAAAAUUAAAGUGUAGGCAAUGUUUUUUUAUUUUAACAGAAGAAAAUCCAUAUUUAUUAGCUCAAUAUCCAAAAUCCCUAGAAGGCUGACAAGUACAAACUGAGCAUGUGUGUCUCUCACAGACCCACACAUCACUGGCAGACAAAUCUAGUAGUUAAGAGAGAAGAGUAAAAAUGCACAGGGAAAGGAGCACAUUUUAAUGUCUUGGAUUUUCCCCUCUUGGAAAAGACUGAAGUCAUGCAUUUCUCGAACUUUUCUACUUAGUAGUGAAAGUUGGAACUCCAGCGCAAUGGGGAUGGCCAAGGGUAAACGCCAAUAUAUACUCAGUAAUAUUUGUUAUGGGAAAAAAAGAGCGGGAGAUACUUCGACCUAAAACCGAACUUCUUCCAGUACCAAUCAAGAUUCACAGUCCUUUUUCCUCAUUAACAUCUGGAAACCACCAAAUUAAGGAUUCCUGCUCGCCGCUCUAUUCUAUUCUUACAAAGUGUGCCCUCGGGGCAGCGUAAAAAGAACCUGCUCUAAUUCCAGGGGAAUUCCAAGAGAUAACUCGCCUUUUGCCAUCCCGGUCCUUUUAGUAAAACUAAACCAAAAGGCAGCAUUAGUAUCGACGACACCGAGUACAAGGCUCAAAAUCGCCAGGAACAUGGGGCCGGAAACCUUUCUCCGCCGCGCCAGAGAUCAAGGUGCCAAAACAGACACAGUGAGCGCCCCUGAUCUUUAGGGGGCAGGGAAGGAGGGUUACCCUGCAUCCCCACCGGCCGCGGGUCGGGUAGGUACAGCCGGGACUACGCCUCCCAGCAUGCAGCGCGGCUACGUCCCGCGCCGCGGCACCGCUGGAACGGUGCAGGCAGGGACCAGGAGAUUCAGUCUCUGAACGGCCCGGAGGAGUAGCCUUUCCCCUCCUGAAUGCCGCCACUCCGCAGUCCACAGUAUUUGAAGCUCCAACCAAAACUCAGAGACUGACGAGAAUGGUCCCUUUUUAUUCCUAACAGAUUUCUUGCGACAAGGAAACCGGCAGUCUUCCGCUUCCGGUUGCCCUGUUGCCGUGGUAACCGCACGCAUAACAGCCGUAGUGAUUAUGGCGGUCCUGAGCGGCGCGCAGAUCCCCGACGGGGAGUUCACCGUGGUCGUUUACCGGCUCAUCCGCGAUGCCCGCUACGCUGAGGCGGUGCAGCUGCUGGGCCGAGAGCUGCAGCGGAGCCCUAGGACUCGCGCAGGCCUGUCGCUGCUAGGUUACUGCUACUACCGCCUGCAGGAGUUCGCGCUGGCGGGCGAGUGCUAUGAGCAGCUGGGCCAGCUGCACCCGGAACUGGAGCAGUACCGCCUGUACCAGGCCCAGGCCCUGUACAAGGCCUGCCUUUAUCCGGAGGCCACCCGGGUCGCCUGCCUUCUCCUGGAUAACCCCGCCUACCACAACCGGGUCCUCCGCCUGCAGGCUGCCAUCAAGUACAGUGAGGGCGAUCUGCCGGGGUCCAAGAGCCUGGUAGAGCAGCUGCUGAGUGGGGAAGAGGGAGAAGAAAGUGGGGGCGAGAAUGAGACCGAUGGCCAGGUCAGCCUGGGUUGUUUGCUGUACAGGGAGGGGCAGUAUGAAGCUGCAUGCUCCAAGUUUUUUGCCGCCCUGCAGGCUUCGGGCUACCAGCCUGACCUUUCCUACAACCUGGCUUUGGCCUAUUACAGCAGCCGACAAUAUGCCUCAGCGCUGAAGCAUAUCGCUGAGAUUAUUGAGCGGGGCAUCCGACAGCACCCUGAGCUAGGUGUGGGCAUGACCACUGAGGGCAUUGAUGUUCGCAGUGUUGGCAACACCUUAGUCCUCCACCAGACUGCUCUGGUGGAAGCCUUCAACCUUAAGGCAGCUAUAGAAUACCAACUGAGAAACUAUGAGGCAGCUCAAGAAGCCCUCACUGACAUGCCACCCAGGGCAGAGGAAGAGUUGGACCCUGUGACCCUACACAACCAGGCACUAAUGAACAUGGAUGCCAGGCCUACAGAAGGGUUUGAAAAGCUACAGUUUUUGCUCCAACAGAAUCCCUUUCCUCCAGAGACUUUUGGCAACCUGUUGCUGCUCUACUGUAAAUAUGAGUAUUUUGACCUAGCAGCAGAUGUCCUGGCAGAAAAUGCCCAUUUGAUUUAUAAGUUCCUCACACCCUAUCUCUAUGACUUCUUGGAUGCCAUGAUCACUUGCCAGACAGCUCCUGAAGAGGCUUUCAUUAAGCUUGAUGGGCUAGCAGGGAUGCUGACUGAGGUCCUCCGGAAACUCACCGUACAAGUACAGGAAGCAAGACACAAUAGAGAUGAUGAAGCUAUCAAAAAGGCAGUGAAUGAAUAUGAUGAAACCAUGGAGAAGUAUAUUCCCGUGUUGAUGGCUCAGGCAAAAAUCUACUGGAACCUUGAAAAUUAUCCAAUGGUGGAAAAGAUCUUCCGCAAAUCUGUGGAAUUCUGUAACGACCAUGAUGUGUGGAAGUUGAAUGUGGCUCAUGUUCUGUUCAUGCAGGAAAACAAAUACAAAGAAGCCAUUGGUUUUUAUGAACCCAUAGUCAAGAAGCAUUAUGAUAACAUCCUGAAUGUCAGUGCUAUUGUGCUGGCUAAUCUCUGUGUUUCCUACAUUAUGACAAGUCAAAAUGAAGAAGCAGAGGAAUUGAUGAGGAAGAUUGAAAAGGAGGAAGAUCAGCUGUCUUAUGAUGACCCAAAUAGGAAAAUGUACCAUCUCUGCAUUGUGAAUUUGGUGAUAGGAACUCUUUAUUGUGCCAAAGGAAACUAUGAGUUUGGUAUUUCUCGAGUUAUCAAAAGCUUGGAGCCUUAUAAUAAAAAGCUGGGAACAGAUACCUGGUAUUAUGCCAAAAGAUGCUUCCUGUCCUUGUUAGAAAACAUGUCAAAACACACAAUCAUGCUUCGUGAUAGUGUUAUUCAAGAAUGUGUCCAGUUUCUAGAACACUGUGAACUUCAUGGCAGAAACAUACCUGCUGUUAUUGAACAACCCCUGGAAGAAGAGAGAAUGCAUGUUGGAAAGAAUACAGUCACAGAUGAGUCUAGGCAGUUAAAAGCUUUGAUUUAUGAGAUUAUAGGAUGGAAUAUAUAGUAAUAGCUGAUAAUGGCAUUUAUCAAAUGGCUUUGUUCUAUAAAUUUGCAUUGCUUUAUUUAACCUUUGGCAUCUUUAUAUUUGUUACAUGUUGAACUUUGUACACUAUGCAAUAUAAAAAAAAAAGUAGCCAAAACUUUUGCUGUUACAUUUCCCAGAAAGUGAAACAUUCUAAGAACUUUUACCCCAGGGGUUAUGAAAAAUUCCCAACUUAUGAAGAAUGUUUCUAUCAGAAGUUGUAAUACCUUUGUUUCCUUUCCUCUGUAACCUUGUGCUCUGAUCUCUCUUCAGGGGCCUUUGCACAAGGAUUACAUCAUUCAGGGACCAAGCACUAUCUCAGUAAUAGUUAGGAGUAAUCUUUAAAUAAUCAUUUCAGGGAUUGUGUGUUCUAGUCUCACAAUUUACACUCAUUAAUUUGUAAUGCAUACUUUUUAUAUAGACUUUAGGAUACUUUGGCAGUGUUUUUUAAUAUGGAUAUAAUGCUUUAUCUAACCAAAAUGCCUUAGGGUAUAAGUGGGGUUUUUUUUUUUUUUUAAACGGGCAAAAGUCAGUAAAAAAUUUUGUAGCUUUAAUAAAAUUAUGAUGCUAUAAUGUAGACACAAUGAACAAUUAUCAAAGAACAAAUUUCCCUGGUUUUUUGUUCCCUUUAAUAAUUUAAAUAUAUGAACAAGAUAUGCUGUUACUAUUUUCCAUGAUGACUUUUUAAAUAUUUAUCUCUGUGACAAAUAACAGAUGUAUCCUGAGAACUCAGGGGUUUAAGAGACAGAGGUUUUGUUAUGUUUGUUGCCCAGGUUAGUAUCCAACUCCUAGGCUUAAGCAUACUCCCACUUCAGCUUCCCAAGUAGCUGGGACUACUGGUGCAAAUCACUGGGUCCAACACUCAGUUCUUAAUUCCUACGUUUGUGCUUGCAAUUUAGGAUAUGCUGGGUGUACAGUGUUUCCAUGUUGUAGCCUCUUGGAUAAGGAAAAAUCUUGGCCACCAGGCCUGGCCAAAAAGGUCAACUCUAAGUUGUAGUGUUCAUUUCAUGUCCACAACUCCCAAGAGUUUUUUGGAGUUCCCACUGGGAACCACAUGCAUUCUGAUCAGGCAUUUUAUUUUCUGAACCUUAAAAGAGCUUUACUAUUUGAUUUCCCACUCCUCUCUUUCCACAAAAAGACCUAACUUGACCUGGCUUAGAAAAAUCAAGUGUAUUAGAUUGAAUCAUAUGAAGUUGUUGAUUUUGACAGUUUUUGACUUAGAAAACUAGCAGUUUCUCAUAGCUCAACCUAGUAGCUUUCUUCUGAAUGAUAGGGAACCUCUGCCAUAAUGAGAUGAUUUUUUUCCUUCAAGGAAAAGGAACCACUUAGCCACAUAGGUACUGAUAAAAACAUGCUCAGCAUAAUUCCUCUGUAGCAUGACCUCAAAUUGUGCUCAAAUUGUAUUAUACCAGGAAAUUUGGCUUUUUGUGAAGUUAAUGGUUUUGAAUUUAUGGCAUUUUAAAUCUUAAUUAUCUGAGCUGCUAUCAUUUACCACUGAUGCUUUAGUGUCACAUGUGGAGGACAAGCAAUGUUUACUGACCUCUUCACUGCAUCCCAUAGCACAUUCAAUGUUUGGGAAAUGUUCUUUGUUUAACAACUUCUGUACUAAAAGUGUUGCUGCAGUAGCUUUGUGCCCCUGUCAAUCUUGGUAGCCUCUUAAGAUUUGGAAAGUAAAUGAACUGAAAUCUUGUUUUCAAUGGCCAUAUUAAAAUUCUGUUUUUUUCCUGUUUCUUCUAAACCAUGCUAUUUUCUUUAGGGGAAAAAAAGCAUAAAGUGUAACUAAUGUUAACCACCCAAAAACAAAUGUUUUCCAGAUUCCCUUUUGCAAAUAGCCUGGUCUUUAUUUGGCCACAAUUUACCCAGGUGUUAUGUGUUUGUGGUUUUCAUGUAUGUGUAAUUUAACUUUUCAGAACAUAAAAAGCUUUUCUGAAUGGUUUUUAACCCCUUGCUGCUGGGCAUUUGGGAUUUCCUAGUUAGUAAUGUAUAAGGAAAUCCUGACUGCUCACACCAGUAAGAAACAAAGGUGAACCAUGCCAUUUGUCCCCUUCCUUACCCUGGCUCUCAGACAGGCACCCACGCAGAUUCAGAUUGCUGCUGGCGGCAACAAAGUCUUAUGAACCACACAGAGUCAAGAAGUCUGGUGCUGAGGCCUGGGAAGACAGGGCAUUCCUAACUCCCCUGGCACUUUUUGUCCUUAUUUUCAGGAUAUACAUCUUUAAAACUCACAUUCAAAGUACCCUGCCUUGCUUGAUUCUAAAAAGCAAAUGACUUUACAAUGACCCCAUAUUUUGCCAUUUGAGUGAAAGCUUCUGUACCUAAAACUCAAAUGAAAGCUUUGUUCUGUGCUCCUAGAGUAUAUAAAGUGCUAAAAGCACUUUUCUUGACAAUGAGCUCCUUAUAGAAAUAUAAGGAAUCUUUUAAGAUUUAUUCAUAAUACCUGCAUAGUCUAUUUUAAAGGACUCAAAUAUUAAUUAUUUCAUCUUAGUCAACCCUUUGGUCUCCACAUGGGCACACACAAAAUAGGAGUGUGUGCGCUUAUACACAGGUAGUUAUAUUUGUUUUCUCAGGAACAAGAACUUGAUCUCUUAGUGCAGAACCAGCAAAAACAUACUCCUUUGAUCAGUGGCAUGAUGUGCCUGUCAAAGGAUUUUUAUUCCUCAUGACAGUCCCCCUUUGAAUGUGGCCUUAGCUGCAGAAUGGAAAAAAAUGUCCACACCCAAAAUGUCCAGAUGUUUGCCCCAAUACCAUCUGUGAAGGUCAGGUGUGGUGGCUAAGUCUGACCCAUUCAUGAGAAGCAGACAAUUAUGAGUGUGUGGGAAUGAAGGUGGGUCAUCUGGCAAUGAGACAGCUAUAAUCAUAAGAGGGACACUCCUAACCUGAGGGGUGUGUGGCCUCACAGGCUUAGAGAAGCACCUCAGAUGGAAUCCAUACAGAAUCACAGUGAUAGGUUUGGCCCAAGGUUAGACUGAUUUGUUUAGAGAGGGCUAUGGGAUAGAUGCCCAAAUAAAUAUACUUAUUAGGAAAUAUGAGAUUAGAAAGGGUAAAUGGCUUGGAGGGGAAGCUUUAAAAGUAACUUUCUGACCCCUCUGCCCCAUAAUCCUCAUCUGGGCUCAUUUUCUCCCUGGUGUCCUGGAGGGUUAACAGUGUUGGAAGUCUGACUACAGUUAAGCAGAGUGAGACUGCGUAAACAACCUAACUUUAAAAGGAUAACAUCACUAAAGAAAGACUUUACAAGUGAGUAUCAGGAUUUUCAAAUAUAAUUUUUGUUUCAGGAUCCCUCUCUUCUUUUUCUUAUUGACUCUGGGUGAUCUGGAAAGACCUAGAGGUUGUGUUUCUGAGAGCAUUCUCUGCAGAGCUUGGUGUUCCAAAGGCCACAAGGGAUUUUAGACCCUGUACCCUGGACAUGUUCCAAGACUCUCACAUUAUGUCAGACAUGCAAGCCCUGCCCCAGCUUCUCCCAACACUCAGCUUUUCCUGGUAUUAGUAGUUUCCUGGUAUUAGUGUGACUUGCAGCUCAUUCUCCACCAUUCACUAAAUGCCUCUUAUCCUUUGUUGACCUACCUCUGGGACUAAAGUGACAUUUGGGUUUUCUGUAGUUUUCAGUUUUUGGGCUAUGCCCUUAGUAUUAAGUCAAACCGUAUUUUGUCAUGAGCCAGUAACUCUUGGGUUUUGGUUGUCCAACUACAUAAUCACCAUGACUGUAACCAUCAGAUUCUAAACUGAUACCUUCAUUCUAGUUAUAAGCUAUAUACUUUUUGAGUACCCUAAUGUAGCUCAAACCCUUCAGCAGCAACCUGAAUUCUUAAAUUAGUAUUUUUAAGGAAUUGUGACUUUCCUAAGAACCUAGAUUGUUGUCUCUAGGUUAUAAUAAAACAUUUCUUUAAUCUCAAACAGUUCUUUCAAUUUUCAGUCUCCCAAUGGAAGAUGUAUAACUUAUAGAAAAAGGUUGUCUUAUAUUUUUAAGUGCAGCUCAAAGAAUACUAAAGUUAUAAAAAUGCAAAUUUAUUCACUCCAUCAGAUACUUCCUUUUAUGAGUUUCAUAUUAAACCCACAAAAUCAGUGCAGGAUACUGUGGGUUAAACAUUUACACAGCAGGACAAUAUCUGAGAAAAAACCUUUCUGGCAUUCUAUGGCAUGUGGUCACAAAGACAGCAGCUUCUACUCUGUAGUAGGAAGAGACUCCAUUUCCUUACUUGUCGUUGGGAAAAGCUGAGUGUUGGGAGAAGCUGGGGCAGGCCUUGCUUGUCUGACAUAAUGUAAGAGUCUUGGAACAUGUCCGGGGUCCAGGGUCUAAAAUCCCUCAUGGCCUUUGGAACACCAAGCUCUGUGCUAAAGGGUGGAAGGCUACCCUGAUAUACCAUCAUCUAAGCCCAGGACAUAAAACUCCUUGUGGCUUGGAAAGAAUCCAGGGCUGAGGGCAUAAAACCCCUCGUGGCCUCUGGAAUGUGUCUAGACUUGCUGGUUCCUUGCUUCUAGCCCUUCCAGGCUCCUAGAUCAAUUGUCUUAGAAUUGGUCAUAUAAAUGCUAAACCGUCACAGCUGUAAAUCAUGUGCUUAAUACAAUGCUCCCUUUCAACCCCACAUUCUCACCACCUGUUUCUUUGAUCACCAAUAAACAGUAGUCUGGGCUUCCAGGGCUCAGGGCCUUGGCAGCCUCCA